AUGGAGGAACACAAAUAUAGACACAGAGGGAAAGCCACACAGGCUGUUGGGUGCAAGCCAGAGGCUAAGAGAACGGUCCCGGGGCAACGCCUGGGGGUUCCUGGACCAGGACCCCCAAUAUCCGAAGUGACUCUUCACCGGGGGCCCUCCCGCCGAGGCGUCAGCAGGAAAUAUGAGGAAAGACAACAGACUGCAAGAAUUUCUGAAACUAAGAACUUUUCAGAAAUUCUAGAAGAAAAAAGUAAAAAAUUAGAAAAAAAGAAAGGAUUUAAAGAAAGAAUUUUUGAAGAACAUGGACAUUUUCAUGUAUUAAAUGAGACUCUUCAGAAUAGUCGACGUUUUCUUCCUCAUAAUUCUCAGGAUUUAGUCAAACCUGUAAGGAAUGAUAGACAUUUCUCAGAAGCAAGAGGAACAGAUAAAAAAGAAGAAAGUUCAUCAAGUCAUUCAACACUUUCCAGGACUCACUUCAUGCCACCAGAGAAAAAGGAAUUUGAUGACUCUUUGAUGAGCAAAUAUUCUCAACUUUCCGCUCUUAAAAGUACACAGAACUUGAUGCAAUUCAGAUUGUUGAUUUUUGAGAAACAAUCUAACUGUAAGCAAACUUUUUACCAAGGAAGUACAGAUUCUGAGUACAGAGAAAAAGAAACAGAAAGAGAAUUAAAGGAUUUGACAGAUAUCCCACAAGAUGGCCACACAGGACACAUGGGCAAAUUAGAAGAUAAUCGUGAUGAAACUGAAGAAAACAUUGAAAAAUUUCCAACCACUCCUGAAAUGCCUCGAUUUUUAGGAACUCCUGAAUUUUUGAAAACACCUGAAUAUAUGGAGAAAUUAGACUUUUCUAAAAGUCCUUCAUCUGAAUUGCUUAGAAAUAUAGGACUUGAAACCAAAUCACAAAAGACAGCACCUGCAUUUUCUUUUCGUAUGGGUUCUUCUUCCACAUCACCUGGAUUUAAUUUAUUUGAGUCUUCUGAAUUUGGAAAUGAAAACUUACCAGAUCAGUUUGAUGAAAAUUAUUCUUCAGGAAAUUCAAAUCCUGUCUCCUCACAAAAAGAUAUUGGAGGCUUAUUUGGAAAAUUGGAAGGAGAAGACACUUUUACAUUCCCAUUUUCAUCAGAACCUUCAACUCAUACAUUUGGAGAUGAAAAAGAUGAUUUUAGUUUUUCAUUUUCAUUUGAACAGGAUCAACAGUCAUCACAUUCUUCCUCUUCAAGCAGGUUUCCAUCUUCACAAAAUUCAAAACAGUUUACUUUUUUUUGA